AUGCUCUCGUCAGGAAGAGACACCCAGGGCCCUGUCGACGGUUACAUUAGCACUGAGAUACACAAUGAUACAUACGCCGCCAUUUCGCCAUCCAACUUCGAUUUCGACGGUGUGACAGUCCUCAUCACCGGGGCAAGUCGAGGGCUCGGCCUCGCCAUGGCUAUUUCGUUUGCCAAAGCAGGCGCAUCUCAGAUCGCUAUCGGAGCACGCUCUGACCUUUCUGCUUCCUCGGCCUCGAUUGUUGACGCUGCAACCAAAGCAGGUCGCAAACGACCAAGGAUUCUGGAACUUAACAUGGACGUGUCAGAUCCUGUCAGUGUUGAUGGCGCCGCUGCCAAGAUCCGCUCUGAAUUUGGUCGUCUAGACAUUGUGGUCAAUAGCGCUGGAAUCCUCGCUGGCGAUGGGAAGAUUGCCGACAGUGAUCCCGAAGGGUGGGCGCGCAACUUUGCCAUCAACUCCAACGGACUCUAUUUGAUCUUGCGGGCGUUCAUUCCAUUAUUGCUCAGUUGCGAUGGUAAAAAGACCAUCAUCGUCAGUAGCAUUGGCGCGCAUUGCGUCUCGCCGACCUUGAGUGGAUAUCAGAUCAGCAAGCUGGCCACUCUACGAUUGGCCGAAUUUGCUACCACGGAGUAUGGAGACAAGGGGUUAUUGGUAUACUCCAUACACCCAGGUAGUGUAGCCACCGAGAUGGUGUUACAACAGUGGCCUCAAUCUCCAGAAUUAAGUAAAGCGUUUGCCGAUAAACCAGAACUGGCAGGUGACUCUAUUGUUUACUUGACUUCUGAGAAGAGAGAUUGGCUGGCUGGCCGAUACGUCAAUGUCACAUGGGAUCUCCCUGAACUAAUGGAGAAAAAAGAGUGGAUUGUGGCGGGAGACAGGCUUAAGCUUAAGAUAAGUAUUUAG